CCACGCGGUGCCCGCCUCUGACGCUCGCCGUAGUCGCGUCGCGGCCGCAUCAGCCAGCACAGCAGCGUAGUUGGCCGGCCGGUGGCGGCAGCGCCGACCGCCGCCGGGCACGGACAUUCCGCACGCUCACGGGGGGCGGGGCGGCGGCGCUGAUCCAAGGCAAGCACGUUCCGCUCCCGGUCGCCAUUAAACCCCGCGCCGCCAUUAGAAAAAAAAAAGAAUUGGAGUGGAGUGGAGUGGAGUGGCAACUGCUCGUCCCGCUCGGCGUCGCAGCAACCGAAGCGGCAGAACCGCAACGACCCGGAGGGUAUCAAGUUUCUACUUCACUAAACAACCAUUGACAUGGGUGCAAUAGAGAAUGUGGAAGAGAGGGAUGAGCAUUCGACUGAUGUGGAACGAGAUCUUAAACAAGAAAAAGAAGCAGGGUUAGACUACGAGCCAGAUAGAGACUCCGUUUCAUCUCAGGUUGAGGCUAACAGUAACGAAGAUACUCCUACCAGAGUCAAAAGAGUUUCCAGGGUUCCAAAGAAGCUAGUGAAGAAAGAAUCAAAGGAAAACAGCCCGCGCCUAGGCAGAAUUAAUUUGAAUCACCAAGUGCACACUAAGCUGCAAUAUAUAUCGUCAAACAAUUUGCAGAACAAAUCUCCAAAGCCAAACAAAGCAGACAAUGGUGGUAAAACUGCUGAGUUAACAAGGCCAGAAAACGUGAAAGUUCCGUCUUGUCCUUCAUCUGAGGUGUCUGAGGAGAUGGAUGAUAAAGCUGUUGAGGAUAUAUCAACGGAUGAUAAAUCCAUUGAGGAUGUAGCUGAAGAUAAGGCCAUUGAGGGCAAAGCCUCUGAUGAUAAGGCCACUGAGGGCAAAACCACUGACAAUAAGGCCUUCGAGAACAGAGAUGUCGAUUGUGCAAUCACUGAGGGCAGAGCCACUGAUGAUAGGAGCAUUGAGGGCAGUGCCACUGAUGACAGUAACACUGACGGUAGAGCCACUGAUGAUAAGAUCAUUGCGGGUAUAGCAACUGAUGCUAACGCCAUUGAGGGUAUACCAUCUAACAAUAAAUCCAAUGAAGAGGCAAAGGAGAUCGAUAUAUUAGAUGAAGCUCCAAAUUGUGAUCAGAGUACUGGUACUGAUGAGGAAACUGCCAAUACUGAAGAAAGCAUAGAUGAUAAAUCAGCUGCAUAUGAAAUGAACAAGGAAUUGAAAUCAAAAUGUGAAAGGUUGGAGCAGGAACUACGUGAAGUUGCUGCACUUGAAAUUUCUCUGUAUUCAGUAGUGCCAGAGCACGGAUGUUCAUCACAUAAAUUGCAUACACCAGCUCGGCGUCUGUCUAGGCUAUAUAUUCAUGCAUCAAAGUUUUGGUCCUCAGAUAAGAAAGCUUCUGUCACCAAGAACUUUGUUUCUGGGCUUGUCAUUGUUGCAAAAUCCUGUGGAAAUGAUGUUUCAAGGUUGACAUUCUGGCUAUCAAAUACGGUUGUUUUGAGAGAAAUCAUUGCACAAACCUUUGGAAUUUCAUGCCAGCCAAGUCUUGCUAUGAAGGCUUUCAGCACGAAUGGUAAUGCAAACAUGCUUGGCAAGAACUCUUCAGCAAUGCGGCGGAAACGCAACUACAAUGGCAAGCAUGCUAGACCUGCUGUCUGGCCAUUACCUGAUGAUUGGCGGGAAACUGAUACACUUGUGCUUGCAUUGGAGAAGAUUGAAUCCUGGAUCUUUUCUCGGAUUGUUGAGUCAGUGUGGUGGCAGGCAUUGACACCCCACAUGCAAACACUAAGAGAAGAUAUAUCAAGUCCAAAGGCUGGGAGUUUGUCAGGACCUGCUUUGGGUGAUCAGCAACAAGGGAACUUCUCCAUUCAUCUUUGGAAAACUGCAUUCCAUGAUGCCUUCAGCAGAAUAUGUCCUCUUCGUGCUGGUGGACAUGAAUGUGGAUGCUUACCAGUGUUGGCAAAACUGGUGAUGGAGCAGUGUGUAGCCCGUUUAGAUGUUGCUAUGUUUAAUGCAGUCCUUCGUGAAUCUGCGAAUGAAAUACCUUCUGAUCCUAUAUCUGACCCAAUUGUUGAGUCAAGAGUUCUACCAAUUCCAGCUGGGGACUUCAGCUUUGGAUCAGGCGCACAGCUAAAGAACUCGAUUGGGAAUUGGUCUCGAUGGUUGCAAGAUAAGUUUGGCAUGGUUGCUGCUGCCUCUGAGAAGGACGGUCAAGCAGGAGAUGAUAGUGAUGACAGAAGACAUUCCGUUGAUGUAAGUUCUUUUAAGCUGCUCAACCAGCUGAGUGAUCUUCUGAUGCUCCCGAAGGACAUGCUUCUCGAAAAGUCUAUUAGGAAAGAGGUCUGCCCUUCUAUUGGCCUUCCACUGGUAACAAGGAUACUAUGCAACUUCACUCCUGACGAGUUCUGUCCUGAACCUGUUUCUGGAAUGGUUUUAGAGGAGCUGAAUGACGAGAGCUUGCUGGAGCGCUUCACGGAGAAAGACAUGAUCACCACAUUCCCCUGCACCGCCGCUCCUGUUGUGUACUGCCCCCCUCCACCGGACGAUGUCGCGGACAAAGUAGCAGACGCCGGUGCGAACGUGGAGACGGACCUGAGGGCUUCCAUGGUGCAGAGGAGAGGGUACACCAGCGACGACGACCUGGACGACCUGGACAACCCCCUGGCGUCCCUGUACGACAGGAGUGCUCCACCUUCACCUUGCAAUGGGGUCUCCCAUUCGACCACAGGGCAAGGAUUCUCCAUGGUUAAUGCAAGAUACCAGCUCCUUAGAGAAGUAUGGUCGGAGGGCUUGAGUAACCAGUGAAAAACUCUGAAAUGGAAGUGAACCUGUUGGACCUGCUGAUUUGCUGUGAGGUGAAAAGCAAAGGGUGGGGGAAUUGGUUGUGAUGGAACUGCUUUGCAACAUGUCCUGAACGAACAGGACGAGGUGCAUGGUUGGAAGAUGGCUGGUUUAGUUGGGUUCCCUUUUAGAUCUUCUCAUGGUAAAAUAAUAAUACAUAUUUGGAUUUUGAUUUUGUAAAUGCAGCUGGUUGGUUUUCUCUCUUUGCAAAAUGGGGUGGAUUUGUUUAUUGGAAGUCUGGAAGUGGUAUACUGGUAUGUGUGCUGGUAUGUCUCAUAUGUGAGCGUGGCCCAGAAUUUGACGGGCCUAGCUUGAUCUCAAAUAUGGGCAUAUCAAACC